AUGAAUGGCCUUAACAUCCUUAUUCCUGACAUGUUCUAUAUGCUCGCUGCUGAGCACCCCCCACGCGAAAAUACUCCUGCGCUUUCGGACGACACUGGCAGCUCCUCUUCACGCGAAAGCUCUCCACCGGCUACACCUGUCUCUGGACUCAGCCGUGCACCAUCUAUCUCUUUUGAUGACAAUUCUAAGCAUACACCCACUGGCGAUCGCACGGAUAUCAAGAUUGUCGAACCAGACGCGGACCCCUCGCCACCAGAAGACAUCACGCGUCCGCUGAAACGGAGACGGCUGGCGGACAUAAGGGCUGAUGAAUUGCGCGCAGAGAGAGUGCUGCCGCCUGACAUAUUGAGUGACGCGACCAAGGCGGAUUAUGACACCUCAUUCUGUCUUGAGCAUAUACGCAUCGGCGACUGCACAAGUGCCAGGGACGUCAAGCCCGACUCGGAUGCGGUGCACCCGUCUCUUGAACACGUCUUCCGUCCGUUGAAACGAAAGCGACUUGUGGACAUGAGCACUGAUGAUGCUUGCGCAAAGAGGGCGCAGACGUCUGAUAUCUCGAGCGGCGUCGCCAACAUUGAGGACAGCGCCUCAUUCGAACUUGGGCAUAUACCCAUCCACGACUGCACGAAGAUCAGGGUCGCCGAAGCGGAGGGUGUUCACCCAGUCUCUCCCCACAUUGACCUAUACGCCCCGCCUGAAGCUAUCACUCGCCCGCCGAAGCGAAAACGGUGUGCAGACACGACGGCCGACGAGGUGGAGGCGUGCUAUAUCCUGCCUCCCGAUAUGCCUCAGCCGUUGGCCUACAACUACUACGUCAUUGCAGAAGAUGAGCACCCUUCAGGCUUGUGCAUCCCCGAAGGUUAUACCAUUACACCCCCACUCGCAACGGCUCGUAGCUCGUAUCGCUCGCUGGGGUGGCACGACCUGAGUGCGAAUCUGCAUUUAAUGACAAUUCGAGUGGGCCGUGAGUUCAUGAAGCGACCGCCCCACUACGAGCAUCAUCUAUCUAAGGACGCUCUUGCGCAUAUACCUACCAUCACGCCCGUCUACCCAGAUGUGGUCGAGCCGGUCUUCUCCCAUAUCAAACGCGACUCGCUAGUCGAAGGCAUCUCCCGCCUGCCGAAGCGGAAACGGAGCCCGGAAACAGAGACCGAUGAAGUCCCUGCCAAGAGAAUGCGAAUGUCGGACCCUACAAGUGAGACAUCUAAGGUUGAGGACGGUGUUCCUUUCGGACCUCACCCGAGAUGCGUGAUCACCGGCUGCGUGUCUGCUGAUGUGGAGGCGUGUUAUAUCCUGCCUCCCGACAUGCCUCAGCUAUUAGAUCUCGAGCCUUGCGCUGCCUACAAAUAUUGCAUCAUCACAGAGGACGAGCACCCUCCAGACUCGUGCACAACCAUGAAUAAUAUCAUCACACCUUCCGUCAUGACGGCUCCUUGCUCAUAUCGGUCGCUCGGAUGGCAUGAGCUUUCUGCUAAUCUCGAUCUGAUGACAUUCCGAGCAGGCCAGAAAUUGAGCAAGCGACCACUGCACUAUCAACAUGUCUUGCGGGAUCUACUUCCCCAUACUGAGGUCAAUCAUGCAUACACCAUCAUCCAAUGGCACGGGACGUGGACGGCCCCCUUGACUUGCGAACUGGUACCCGACAGACGGCUGUGGGCAACGGGCGAGCUCUCACCCUGUCCUAAGAAUUAUUACCGCCCCCACAGAACGCAGUAUUGUUCUCCCCUGUUGGAUGACGACACUGACCGCUUUCGUCGUCAGUUCCGGCCAAUCCUCUCAGGGAUAAAGAGGAGACGUUUUGGCGACACCAGUUGGAGCAGCCAGGAUCACAUCAGAGAUGCUCACCCGGAAGUCAGCAUUCGUCAGUGGUGUCUGGAAUGCGAUCACGCUCGAGAUGAGUGGACGAUGGGACCGCAUGCGGAGCCUGAGGACGUAGAGAUGCUCGCUUAUCGACAAGAGCAAGCUGGCAAUGUGCAGCCUGUUGUGCAAAAGCUUUGGCGCAAAUGGGAUGAACCAGAUGUACCUAUGGACAAAAUGGUAGCCACUGUUGCCCAGUCUUCUGUGGCUGUAAAGAUUAGAUCGGGUGUGCUACGAGAAUGGGAACAGCACAGCCCUGCGCGGCAGCUCAGUCGAAUUGUGACGCUGCACUUAUAUACCCGCUCUUGGGCAAUUGCGACUGAGUGCGCAGCUUCUGGCCACUACUCCUGUCUUAAGACUGUCGCUUUCAUCAUUUUGGCGUCCUCCCAGUCUCGGACAGAUGGACCAUCUUCGUGGGAACUAUUCCAUGAGAGCAAUGCUGUAAUGGACAGAUACGCGUUCCUGCACGAUCAGUUGAACGCUUUAUACCCCACCACUUCCUCGCUGGACAGGUUGAAUGAUGACAUCGCCCCCACGUACUGGGCGUCUGAACGGCUCACGAACAAUCCAAGCGAACCAGCCGCGCCGUCCAUAUGUUGGGAUUGCCGCCUCGACCCUACCAAUGAUGAUAGGCGCGACUUACCCCGAGGGCCGAUGGUCCAACCGCCCAGUCUGUAA